AUUAGAAGCUUUACGUUAAAAUCGUGUAUACUAUUUUAACCUGACAAUGUACAACGCAUUUAAAUUGCUCACAAUUGUAUUGUAUUAUUCGACACAAUAUGUGAACGCUCAAUACUGUUAUCCAAAUUAUUGUCAAAAUGUUUCAACUAAGGUGUCAUUGCCUGAUCUUCAAUGUAGAAUAAAACCAAUCGAAGAUGAUGAUUGUAUUAAACUUAGAUUCGAUGGAUGGAAUCAUAUAUCUUUCCAGGAGAGUACGACUCAAUUUCAAUUGUCUGCUUAUGUUAUUAGUACAGGAACAUUUAAAGGAAAAUUGACUGCAUUUAAUUUAUCAAUUACCGAUAUUAAUUUUCUUAGGUUAACCACACGUUAUCAAAGUCUGAUGGAUGAAAAUAUAUCCGUGUGUACACAUAUUGCUUUACAUGGAAACACGACUGACUCAGUACCUAAUAGAUUCAUUUUAUCUUGUCCUUUUACAAAUCAAUCAUUUGAAGGUAGUCCUUAUCGUUUAGAGUAUUCUGUAAGUGGAAAAAGAUUCGAGUACAGUAAAAAGCUUGUUUUCAUAAUUCCUCAUCAUGAGUCUAUUGAUGAAAAUAAUGACAUUACUGGAUACUUACCAUUCAUUUAUAUAGACGUUUCUGAUGCAUUGCUCUUCACUUUAUAUAUACAGCCAGUUCCUAAAAAAUUUAACGUAACUACAUAUAGAAUUUGGUUAACAAAUAAUAGCACGGGUAUAACGACCGACAUAAAAGUUUCUCAACCGAUAAAUGAAGAGCAUAUACAAUAUAAUUUUUCCAUAUUAGAUGGAAUCUAUUAUUUUCAAGUAGCAGCUAUCCAUCCCAAUUGUAGCAUAUACGGAUGUAUUAAUGCCACCUCACCGUUCAUAAGUAUAAGAGAAGCAUCGCAUCGUUUACUCAUUAUGAUAAUUAGCAUUAUAUGGAUACCACCUGUGAUAUUAUAUGCGCUUUACCACAUAUAUAAGUUAUGUACAAAAAAUGCAAAGAAAGACAGAAAGAAACCAAAUUGUUUAAUAGUAUACUCGCCAACGCGCGAAUCACAUAUCACGGUUAUGGCAGAAUUAACAAAAUAUUUAAGAUGCUGUAAUAUUAAUGCCAUGAUAGAUAUGUUCGAUAUCUCGGAGACUGUAUCAAAGGACGUAGAACUUUGGUGUAGAACCGCGUUUAAUUCUGCUGACAUUAUUCUCAUUGUGACCUCACCACCGUCUAACAAACUUGUACCAACAAUAUACGAGAACAUAGACACUUAUAUAUUGCAAUUGAUUAGAGAAAAUUAUGGACAAAGAAAUAAAAGGUAUUAUAUUCUACAAUUGCCAUAUUGCAAAUCAACUGAUUUGCCGGACGAGGCAAAACGUUUUCAACGUUUUCGUAUGCCCGAAGAAUUAACUAAAUUAGUGAGGACAGUUCACAAUAUUGAUUACAUUAGAUUCUUUGAUUUAUCAAAUAAGGAAGUACUAUUGGAAAGUAUAAAAUUAGCUCAAGUAGAGAUGUUAGACGAUGGCACUGGUAGUGAUCACAAGAGUGCUGAUGAAACUGACGAUCUUUUACCAUCCGUAUUACCAACGAAUAAUAUUAAAAAAGAAGAUCUGAAUCACCAGGACGAUAACAAUUCAAUGUCUUCGAAUGUUGUAAAGGACGAAUUUAAUAAUUCAUUAAAAAGAAAAUAUUGUGAACUUCAAGGUGAAAAAGGUAUUAUUACCGUCCACUCGGAUUCAGACGAGCAGUAGUAUAUAAACAUAGUAUUGAAAAAGAAAAGAAAAGAAAAGAAAAGAAAAGAACAAAAAAUAAACAAAGCAAUUAAUGUUUUGUUCUUAUUAUACGAGGCUGUUUCACAACGAUACCUUUAUAAUUUAUCACAUUUUUAUACCCCGUGUUAUAACGACGACCACGUUUAAUAAAUGUUUACGACGAUAA